AUCUUACCACUCAAUCAGAUAUUAUCUCAUCAUUACAAGAGUGUGAAAGCCAUUGACAGUGUGAAGUUGUUCCUAAUAAAUGUAAUAAUGUAUGAUUAAGCCAUAACACAAUAUUUUGCAGUGUCUGAACGUUGAAUCCAAACAAAGAUGUAGUGAAAAGUUUGUCCCCCUAGAACUGUAGUUACAUAAGAGAAUUCCUAUGCAUGAUGUGUCAUAACUUUUCAUUUAGUUCAGGUAAUAAAAGAUAAAUGUGAGUUGAUUAUCUUUGAUGUGGUAGGGCCAUUAAAGACACGUAUGAGAUGUGAUCUGACAAGUGAGAUUGAUACAAGAGAAAAGAGAAACCUCCAAGAGUAAGUAACCCAUUGAAAGGAGACUAAAACAUGCUAGAAAUAUUGACCCCUCGUGCCUCUCUUCAUGUCACAACUUGUUUCUUUUCCUUCUGAGUAAUCCCCAAAUGCGUCUUAGCCUGCUACUUACAACUAAUCCAUUUCUUCUUUUAUAGCUUUUACACUUUCCUCAACUCUUCUUUGACUCAUAAUAUACACUUUUAUAAUGUUAUCAUUUCUCUUAUUUAUGUAGUUCACUUGCUAGCAUGACUUUUUUACCUUUAACAACAAUACUUUUUUUCUUUACUUAUAUCAAUAUGGUGUGACAAGAUUAACAGAUGAAAUUAAUCUUUGAUCCUAAACUACAUUCAACCAAAUAAAAAAAGGUAACCACAUUAGUCAAACCUAUUUAUGCAGUCAUUCCCCAUCUCUUAUUCACAUCUUUGCUUAUGGCACUGAACAAGAAUCACUCCUACAACAACAAACUUGGAUAUGAAGCUCUCCCACCCAUUAAAGCCCUGGCUGAAACACUUCAACACCAACCACAACCUUCUUCCUCAGACUAUGCUUUUCCAAUAUUUGUCAUUGUUGUGCUCAGUAUCUUAGCCACUGUUUUGUUGCUCCUCAGCUACUUCACUUUCUUAACCAAAUACUGCUCAAAUUGGCGUCAAGUUAACCCAAUGAGAUGGAUUUCCCUCCUGAGAAUUCGACACAAUGAGGAUCCCUUCAUAGCAUUCUCUCCUGCUAUGUGGAACCGAGGGCUUGAUGAGUCUGUCAUCAGAGAAAUCCCAACUUUUCAGUUCAUAAAAGGAGAAGAAGGUGAGGAUCAAAGUGUGUAUGGCUGUGUGGUUUGUUUGGCUGAGUUUAAGGAACAUGAUGUGCUAAAAGUUCUUCCCAAUUGCAACCAUGCCUUUCAUUUGGACUGCAUUGACGUGUGGCUUCAGGCCAAUUCCAAUUGCCCCCUUUGCAGAUCAAGCAUUUCAGGCAACACACACUGUCCAUUGGAUCAUAUCAUAGCUCCAAGUUCUUCUCCUCAGGAUUCUCAGUUGCUCUCCAAUAUGGGUAGUGAUGAAGAUUUUGUGGUUAUCGAACUGGGGGGAGAGCCUGGAGCAGUGCUUCCACAGGUGCAACAAGAGAGGAAUGACUCAAGGGGAAGCUUGACACAUAGAAAUCACUCUACAAGGAAGGUGGAGCACUUGAAACCAAGGAAGUGCCACCAUGUUUCCAUCAUGGGAGAUGAGUGUAUUGAUAUCAGAAAGAAAGAUGACCAAUUUCUCAUUCAGCCAAUUAGAAGAUCUUUCUCAAUGGAUUCAGCACAUGAUAGACAAACUUAUUUGGAUGCUCAAGUCAUAAUACAACAAAACAGGCAUCAGAAUGAGGCUGGUGCCAGUGAGUACUAUAACAGCAGAUGUAGAAGAGCAUUCUUCCCAUUUUGUUAUGGAAAGGGAUCCAAAAAUGCAGUUCUUCCUCUGGAGAAUGAUGUUUAGUAAUUGGAGUUUGUGUCUUUUUCUACUUUCAGUCAUCAACAUGGAGAUCUUUAAGUUUGGGUUGGCUUACUCAUCAUCCAAAUGAAGCAAAGAUCUUUGGAUCUCAGUGGUGAAAAUUGGCAGAAGCAAAUGGUUUGUGUAGAGUGACUUUUGCAAUGAUAGUGACUUAGUGAGUCUGACAGUGGAAUUGUUGUGAAAAAGAAAAGUAAAAAAGCUUUGCCUUUAGGAUUAGUAAUUAGUACCUUGCUUAAAUUGCAAGGCGUGGGUAUUUUCCUUUACUAAAGUUUGGUUUUACUCUGAGAUGAAUGUAAAUGAUUGUUAGCAGUGUAUCACUUUCAUACUCAUUCUUUUCACUGGGUACAGUAGUACUUGGGAAUUAUAAUUCCGGGUCCUUCUUUUCUGGAUGCUAUGAUGCUCAUUAUUCCAUUUACUUUAUUUUAUUUGAGAGUAUUGUAUUUGGGUCCGGAGAAUGUGUAUGGGGGUAGAACAAGCAAACAUGUGUAUAAGUAGAAGCUAUUUAUUGGAAGCCAGAGAGUAUAGGGUCCCAGGCAAUGAGCAACCAUAAGUAGCAGCAUGAGAAAUGUCUUUUGUGAAAAUUAUCACUAAUACUACCUUUUUGCCUCAUUGCAAUCAUAUGAACAGAAACCAACUGCAUGAUACAGCAUUAAAUGAGGUUUAGUUUGGUAUUCAGCAUCUUUCCUUGUCCCUUCAUAGUUCCUAACCACUAUCUC